CAACUGAGAUGGAAAGCCUUUGCAACUCUCAAGAAAUGUCCACAGAAAACCUCAACACCAAACCAGGAAAUUAUCAGGACAGAAAACCAACAGGACACGCCAAGGCUGUGGCACCAUCGCCUAACACUGUGAAUCACAAAGGCUGUCUGCUCAAGUUGUUGCUGGUGUUCUUGUGUUCUUUGGUUGUGUCCAUUUUCAUUAUUUUGGCAGUGUUCUACCUUGGUGGCAUGAAAGAAAAAGAGAGGAAUGACACACCUUCUGAUAAUGUCACUUCCAUCAUUCAAGAGUAUACUCAACUAACAACAUCAUUUAGCGGUCUGAACAGUGAUUGCAGUGUCUUAUACAAGGAUGGGCUCAGACUAAAAAAGAGCAUUGAAAAAAUAGCAGACCUUUAUUCAAAUCUGACUUGGAAAUAUUUUUCACUCUAUUCAGCUAGAGACAGACACUGUCCUAUUUUUAAUCCAUCUACUCAGGAAAAAACCUGUUACGUUUGUCCAGAAAAAUGGCAUCUCUUCAACGAUAGGUGCUACUUAUUCACAAGCAGAAUUCGUGAUUGGAACUCCAGUCGAGAUUACUGCGUAUCAAUAGGGAGACAGCUGGCUAUUAUAGAGAGUGAAGAGGAGCAGAAAUUCUUGGAAGAGAAAGUGAGAACAUUAGGCCAUCCUGAGGACUAUUGGAUUGGCCUAAAAAUUACAGAGGGUGAAUUUCGUUGGGUGGACAAUAAAUUACUGGAAACAAAAAUAAGCUUUUGGGUUCAACGGCCAAGCAUUUACAAAGGACAGAGCUGUGUGUAUCUAGGAUCUGAUUUACGUUCACAUGGCUGGUUACAUUCUGAUUGUGGUGAAGUGAAAAGAUGGAUCUGUGAAGGACCAUGUACAAAAUUUAUUAUCUAGCUUGGUUAUUGUGAUCAAUUAUGCAUGGAGACAGACUGAUUGUAGAACACACAUUCAGCAGGUUUAAUAAUUUGCCUUUAUUAGCUGACAUUAAAGCAAUAAAACAGGAUUGGGAUGAUAAAGGGUGUUAACUAUCUCUUAGUUCUGAAUAGUCUUCCACUAAAAUAAAAACUCAAAAAAAAAAAUGUGCGUGACUUUUCACAUUUACAAUCUAAUUAGUAUAACUUCACUUUUUUGUGAAUUUCCCCUUGGGAUUAAUAAAGUAUCUAUCUAUCUAUCUAUCUAUCUAUCUAUCUAUCUAUCUAUCUAUCUAUCUAUCUAUCUAUCUAUCUAUCUAUCUAUCUAUCUAUCUAAUACUGAAGGCAGUUUAACCUCCAAACACACGUAAUAAAAGUCCAAGUCUUGCCAUCUAAGACAUUUAUUGGCUAAGCUCGACUCUGUAUUGAAUGCAGUCAUUAUCAGACUGGUGGAGUCAGUAGGUUUAAAUGAAAUCAUGCUUAUCUUUCUAUGGAAGCUAACGAUAUACGAUCCUUCCCAUUUGACUGAGUCACUUUAAUCAGAAUAUAAGUUUAAUGUCACUGUUCUCUGUACAAAAAUGGUUUUAUAAAUCCACUCAUAUGUACAGGCCAAAUGUAGUACACAGAGGCUCAUCAUUUAGAAUUGCUAGCCAAGCAUUAGAAAGGGACAACUACGAAAAUGGGCAUUGUACUAUUUCUGUA